CCUCAACAUCCCUGGUUAUUUAUUUUCAUUUCCAACAAGCUAGCAGCUCUCUGUGCAGGAACGAAUGAGCUUUUUCCUGCAGCCUAGUGCUUUUGUUUCUCGCUAAGUUCGACAGGCGAAACGAAUGGAUCGCGCAACUGGUUACAUGGCAGACGAUUCUCUCCCUUUCGCCGCUGGCCGUUUUUACGGCGCAAAGGCCGCUGUACCCGACGCAACCCGCGUCUUUACGUCGAGUUGCGACGUCGCGGAGCUGCGGAGCCGAGGGGAGACUUCUGCGCGCGCGGAAACUUGCGCUUGCGCGGAUAAUUCCGCGCACGACGAUCAUGCGGCGUGGAACGUUGCGGAGUCAGACCUGGAGGCUGUCUGCUCCAUGGAUCGCUCGUUUUCGCACAGGCGACGAUUCGCUUGCGACGGCGUCGCAGGGAAUUCGCACGGCGA